AUGCACCACCUCCCCACAGCCCUGCGCACAUGCGCGUCCUCCCUUGCAGCAAGGCGGCCAUCACCUUCUUCCCUGGCCGCCGCCGCAGCAGCAAGACCCAUGUUGUCCCUCUACCAGGCCAGGCACAGCUCGCACUCGCCCCUGGGGACGCAGGCGCCUAGCCAGCGCAAGAAGGUCACCCUCGGUACGCUGCGGGCGAUGCACCGGCGCAACGAGCCCAUCACCGUCAUCACGGCGCACGACUUCCCGUCCGCGCACGUCGCCGACGCCGCCGGCAUGGACAUCGUGCUGGUCGGCGACAGCCUGGCCAUGGUCGCCCUGGGCAUGGAGGACACGAGCGAGGUUCUGGUCGAGGAGAUGCUGUUGCAUUGUCGGUCUGUUGCGAGGGCCACCAAGGCUGCCUUCACUGUUGGCGACCUGCCCAUGGGCUCGUAUGAGGUAUCACCAGAACAGGCACUGGAGACAGCCAUCCGCUUCAUCAAGACGGGCCGCGUGCAGGGCAUCAAGCUCGAGGGCGGCAGCGAGAUGGCACCGUCGAUCCGGCGCAUAACCUCGGCCGGUAUCCCAGUACUGGCUCACAUCGGCCUGACGCCGCAGCGGCAGAACGCGCUGGGCGGGUUCAGGGUGCAGGGCAAGACGGCGGCGGGGGCGGCGAAGGUGCUGGAGGAUGCGCUGGCGGUGCAGGAGGCGGGGGCGUUCGGGGCCGUCGUCGAGGCCGUGCCGGCCGAGGUCGCCGCCCUCGUCACGCAGCGGCUGGCCAUCCCCACCAUCGGCAUCGGCGCGGGCAACGGCUGCUCGGGCCAGGUGCUGGUGCAGAUCGACAUGCUGGGCAACUCCCCGCCGGGCAGGUUCCUGCCCAAGUUCGUCAAGCAGUACGGCGACGUGUGGUCCGAGAGCCUGCGCGCCAUCGAGGCCUACCGCGACGAGGUCAAGAGCCGCGCGUACCCUGCGCCUGAGCACACCUACCCCAUAUCGAAGGAGGAGCUGGACGCCUUUGAGAAAUCCUUGUUGUAG